GUUGUUACAAGCUAAAGAAUAGUAGUAUAGUACUACAACUGUCCCACUCCACUUUCUACUUGCUAGUACUCUUCUGUUGUCUUUUUACUUGGUGUUAAGAAAUAUUGAAUUUUUAUGCUUUUGCGUCUGAAACAUAUUUUUAUUACAACGGAUCCAAAAAGGUGAACAAAUCGGAUGUCUUGAUUCGUUUCAACAGGCUACAAAAACUGCGGAAAAUGCAGGUCUCCAACAUUGUCAACGAUAUUUUGCGGGUAGAACCCAUCGAAGAGGCUUUUAGUUGUUUCCUCGUUCGAAAAGAAUGUGACAAAUCUGAACUAUUAAAAGAGUUGCAGACAGUGUUUACUGUGCCGCCUGCUGAGCAAGAAAUUGGAGUAAAGCAGUUCUUAGCAAUGGCAUCCACAAUAACCAACCAUUCAAGGCUUCAGCAUCUUUUCACUCUUUUAGAAAACCUUGUUACUAAUGGAACAUUGCCUGCAAAGUUGGUUUGUGAGUGUAUUCUGUCUUGUGAUAAACUUGUCUAUCAAUUAGAAAAUUUUUGGGUAAAUAGCUUUAUCCUUAUCAGAAAUAUAAUUUCUGGAGUAAAUUACAAAGGUGUGAGAGACAUUUUAAAGGGUUGUUUUGAGAAAGCGAGGUCGAUUCCGCCCCAUAUAAAUUCCUCAGUGAUUCGCCAGAUGAAAGCUCUAGAAAAUGUGAUGUACAUAAUAUUUAAUAGAAACGUCUCACUUUUACCUGCUUAUUUUAUUGCUAAUGAAUUGUAUAAAUUGUGUCCGGAUGGGAAAAACUGGCCACAUUGGAAAUUGGCAGCUUUGCAUUCUGAUUAUGUGGAAAGCUUUAGGCCUACUGCUCAGAUGCUUUCAAUAAUAGGUCAUUCCAGUAUGCUCCCUGUUGUGGAACACUCAGGGUAUGCAGAUCAUCUAAUAAAUCCUUGGAAAUUAGAUCCGAAUACAUUAAAAUUAGCAUUAAAAGGUAAUUUGCCUUAUGACAAGUCAUUAACGGAGCCACAAACCAACCUAUUACGAUAUGUUUUGGAACAGCCUUAUUCACGUGAUAUGGUUUGUUCCAUGCUUGGACUUCAAAAACAGCACAAGCAAAGGUGUGUAGCCUUAGAAGAGCAACUUGUGGUUCAGAUAAUGUUAGCAAUGGAAAAAACUGAAAAUGAAAGCAGUUCAUCUGGCCAAAAUCAAGAAGGUAGUGAUGAUGAUUUCACUCAGUCACGUGCCCGAUGGUUUCACCUUUGCAGUCAACUUAUUUAUUUUGUUUUAUGCCAAUUUGCAAGUUUUCAAAACAUCGUCAUGGCACUUCAUGAGAAAUUAUCUGUGAGGAAUCUGAGAAAGGGAAGAGACCAUUUAAUGUGGGUGUUACUUCAGUUUAUAUCUGGAAGCAUACAGAGGAAUUCAUUAUCUAGCUUUUUACCUGUUCUCAAACUUUUUGAUCUUUUAUAUCCUGAGAAAGAGCCAUUACCAGUCCCAGACUAUACAAAACCUAUUUGUAUUCAUCAACUUUCAAUAGUGUGCAUCUGGAUACAUCUUUUGAAAAAAGCUCAAUCUGAUCAUGUAAAUAUACCUCGGCCAGUUCCAAAUUCUCUUAAGUUACAACAUGAAUUUUUACAACAUCUUGUUGCAAAUAAUAUGGGCUCAGAUUAUAAGAUAGCAAUAUUGUGUAAUGCUUAUUCAACAAACUCGGACUAUUUUAACCGCCCCAUGGCUGCAUUGGUGGAAACCAUAAUUGGUAAUCAGAAAGGAGGAGGACCACCUCAAGGAACAUCAUCGUCAGCUCAAACUGCCAACCUCCCAACAACUCCUUUAUCAAUGACGAUUCUUGAUUCACUAACUGUUCAUUCUAAGAUGAGCCUCAUUCAUGGAAUUGUUUCCCAUGUGCUUAAAUUAGCCCAGUCUAAAUCCAACAUGGCACUGGCACCCGCACUUGUUGAAACUUAUUCAAGAUUGCUAGUGUACACUGAAAUCGAAUCUCUGGGCAUUAAAGGAUUUAUUAGUCAACUUUUACCGAAUGUCUUUAAAUUCCAUGCUUGGGGAAUUCUUUACACUCUCCUUGAAAUGUUUAACUACCGAAUUCACCACAUUCAACCCCAUUACAGGGUUCAGCUUUUAUCACACUUACACAGCCUUGCAGCUGUGCCACAAACGAACCAGACACAGUUACAUCUAUGUGUGGAAUCUACUGCCUUAAGACUGAUUACUGGCCUUGGUUCGAGUGAAGUACAACCUCAGCUGUCACGUUUUUUAAGUGAGCCUAAAACUUUAGUUUCUGCAGAAUCUGAGGAACUUAACAGAGCUCUAGUAUUGACUCUGGCAAGAUCGAUGCAUGUCACUGGUACUGGAUCAGAUGCAGCGUCGGGUGCAUGGUGUAAAGAACUGCUUAAUACUAUCAUGCAGAAUACACCUCAUUCUUGGCCACCGCACACACUUCAAUUUUUUCCCCCUGUCCUAAGUGAUUUUUUUCAGCAGAACCAUUUACCUAUGGAAAAUAAACAUCAAUUGAAGAAAGCUGUCGAGGAGGAAUAUAGGAAUUGGGCAUCAAUGAACAAUGAAAAUGACAUAAUAGCUCAUUUUUCAGUUCCUGGUACUCCUCCUUUGUUCUUAUGCCUUAUAUGGAAGAUGAUUUUGGAGACUGAUAGAAUAAGCCCAAUUGCUUAUAAGAUUUUAGAAAGGAUAGGAGCUAGAGCGUUAAGCGCUCAUUUGAGGAAAUUCUGUGAUUACUUAGUUUUCCAAUUUGCAAUAUCAGGAGAAGGGCAUUUGGUUAACAAGUUUGUCGAUUCUGUUAAUAAUAUGAUCUGGAAAUAUAAUAUAGUUACUAUCGAUCGACUUGUCCUUUGCAUGGCCUUAAGGACUCAUGAAGGAAACGAUGCUCAACUCUGUUUCUAUAUCAUCCAGCUUUUGCUGUUCAAAGCUGCCCAGCUCAGAAAUAGGGUAAAAGAGUUUGUAAAAGAAAAUUCACCUCAGCAUUGGAAACAGUCCAAUUGGCAUGAGAAACAUCUUGCAUUUCAUAGAAAUUACCCUGAAAAAUUUGCACCUGAAGGUAUCCUUGAAGCAACUGGCUCAUCCUCUUUCCAAUCUUUACCUGUUUAUUUUGGAAAUGUCUGCCUACGUUUUCUACCUGUGUUUGAUAUAGUAAUACACCGUUGUCUCGAGUUGACCCCUCAGGUUGCCAAAUCAUUAGAAACACUUCUGGACCUGUUAGGGAGCCUAUAUAAAUUCCAUGAUCGUCCAGUGACUUAUUUAUACAACACUUUCCACUAUUAUGAAAAGAAAGUGAGAGAUAAGCCCCAGCUCAAAAGGAAGCUGGUGUCAGCGGUACUCAGUAAUAUGACAGACUCUUCUGAUGGUUCAAAAGGUUGGAAUUUGUCAGAACCCUACCAAAAUUACAUGCAGCAGCAGCUAGAAAAUUGGGUUCCAGAACUUGAAUACUACGCCAAACUUCUGAGCCGAAUUGUUGAUACUAUGUCUGGAACUUCACAAUGCCCACCUAUAGAUUGGAGAUUCAAUGAAUUUCCUAACCCAUCUGCACGUGCAUUAUAUGUCACCUGCGUCGAAUUAAUGGCUCUUCCUGUUCCACCAUCUGUCGUGGCUAAUAGUCUUUUGAAUGUUAUUACAAAAGGGUACACAGUGAUUCCAAAUGGGCAGAUACAGCUUUGGAUCAAUUCAGUUGGGCUCGUGAUGGCAUCAUUACCAGAUUCGUAUUGGACGGUACUUCAAGAGAGGCUGAUUGAAGUCAUUUCAUGUUCCAGCCUCACUUCCUGGCCUUAUAGAAAUUCUCCAUUUCAACUGUUUAACUUUUCCACUGCUCAUAAUUCUUUCUUGGAAAAUAAAUUCGCCUAUACUUUAGCACUUGCACAUGCUACAUGGCAUCAUGCAGGUGUUGGACAUCUAGCAACCAUUCCGACGUUCGUAAAGGAAAAAUUAACACCACUUGUUAAAACAGAAGAACAAUUACUUUUCUUGUGUCAUCUCAUUGGACCGUUUUUACAAAGGUUUCACACAGAUCAGUGGCUGACGAUGGUACAGCAGAUUACAUCAGAAUUCUAUGCUUGUUUGGAACAAGUAGACAAAGCUGUUCCUGAUUUAAAAUAUAUGGAUCCAAUCACAGAUUUACUAUAUCACAUCAAGUACAUGUUUGUUGGCGACACAAUGAAAAUGGAGGCAGAAACUGUCAUUAGGAGACUCAGGCCAGCUCUGCAGGUACGGCUACGGUUUAUCGCAAACCAUCAGAUUGAAGAGACGGAUCAACAGCAAAGAGAUCAGUCCGUAAAUAUUGGAGGGGCAGCUCCUGCCGGUACGCUCGCUAACACUCCUCUCACAACAAUCCAACAACAAUCUACUCCAAUGGAAAGAUGAAGUUUUGAAGCCUGAAUAUUUUAUUCAACAGUUUCCUAUCACUUUUCUAUAAUAUGUGUAAAUUUGUAAAUUAUUGCAUUUUAAUUUAAUUGAUACUGUUCGGAAUUUAUAUUUUGAUUUGUAAUAUUUUCAAGUUUAGUUUUAUGUGAAAUAUUAUUCAGUACCUACCUUAAAACAUUUUUCUUUGUCUUGUACUUUAAACUUUGUUGAAAAAAAAGUUUUUAAAACGCCUAAUCUCUUGUCAGAAGUGUAAAUUUAAACUUCAUUUUAGGUUGACAUUUGUAUUGAAAGAAAGAUUAAAGGUACAAAGAGAAAAAGUUGGACUAGUGAUUUACAAAACUAUCUUUUUUCCAAUCUGGGUUUUCUUACAAAAGCGAAAAUGAAUCCAAUGCGAAUCUGGUAUCAAAAAUUUAAAAUUUCUCAUUCAACCUCUUAAUAAGUCAUAAUUUGUUAGUAAAAUAAAAAUGGUUUUGCCGGAGUGAGUAAUAUUUGAAAAGGACGGUUCUACUCACAACUAGUUAAAAACAGUUAACCAGUUUGUGAGUCAACUAUUAAUCAGUAUAAAAAUUCCAGUUACAGGAAGCCUUCCAUAGGGACAAAAUGAUGGCCCUGGUAUUAUUAGGUACCAUGCAUUUCACUGAAAAUUUUUUUUUUAUGAAUUUCUAAUUACUCAUAAAUCUAUAAAAAGGUAUUCUCUUUAUGUUAAUAUAAUAUAUUCAUCUAUGUUUUUAGUCAUAGUCAACCAGCGACUACUUAAAAAGAGUGGCUGAGAUGAACAAUUAUUUUCACGAGAUGUGCUUGAACCCACUACCUUUGGCUCGAUACGCCAUUGCUCUAACCAACCACUUGAGCUAUUGUGACUUCAGCCUCCCGGGACACCAACUCAACAUCUCAAACUACAACUUUUUCAAUAUAUUUGCUAAAAAGAGGGAAAUAUGAGAAAGUCAUAGGUCGAGAUGAUGAGUUGGUGUCCUGAGAAAACGAAGUCACAAUAGCUCAAGUGUUUAAAGCACUGGUGUAUCGACCCAAAGGGCACGUUUGAGGCCCACUCAUGACAGUAAUUUAUCAUCUCAACCACAUUUCACAUAAAAAUUAUAAAUCAAUCUUCUUUAAUAAAUCUUAUACAAAAGGCCAAGAUAUAAUUAUCCCAUUGCACCUCAUAAACUAAGAAUUGUAUGCUGGUAUAAUUUUGUAUUUACAAAAGUAGACGAGCUUUUAAAUGAAAUUUAUUUUGUGGUUAACCAAUUUUGAGUUUCUCUGCUAAU